AUGACGGUCAGUCAGGUUGGUUUCCACUUAGUUCUACCAAAUAAAUUUGAAGCAUUGGCGCCAUUGGUUGAAAAAGCAAAAAAUGAUCUAAGACUUCGAUUUAAUAUGCUGAAGAUUCAGGGAUCAACCAUUAGUUUGAAGAAACAAAGUAAAGUACUCCAACGAAGAAAAGCUUUGGAUCAAAAGAAGGCAGCAAUAGAAGGUCGAAAAAGUAUUUUUGAAUUGGAAUCAGAAUUACCAUCUCAUACUUCGACUGGUUCAACAAAGGUCAAAGAAAAUCAUGCUACAAUCAAGUCAUACCAACAACAGUCAUCUUCACUUUAUUCUUACAGCAAUGCUAGUCAACAUGCAACAACAUCUAUCAAAAUUCUGUCGUCUGUCAUACUGAUGAGUUUCGAUCAACAAAGUUGUGUCCCUUGUGUCGCCAACCUACUCACCAUCCAAAGAAAAUCAUCAAAGGAAAGACAUCGUCAAACUAUGGUGCUGUUACAUGUGAUAAUCCUGAUUGUUUUGGACGAAAAUAUGGAUUUGUGA